AUGCGGAUCUUCGACGAAGUUCCUGGUUGGCAGGAACGCGCAGUAGAGGAGCUUGGUGAAACUCCGGAGCGGAGAGAGAAAUGUUUGCAGGAAUUCAAAGAGAUUGUGAUGGAAAUCAAAGACUUCAAACCCAGAACCGAUGACGAGUUCCUGUUGAGGUUCCUACGUGCCAAGAAGUUCGACCUGGACCGGGCUGUAAGUACGUACAAGCGUUACUUCAGGAUUCGUCUCGUGGACCCGGAACGCUUCAUGCCGAAAGGCAAAGGUCCGAAGGAUUAUGCGGAAGCGUUCAAACUCCAAGUGGGAACGCUUCUCGAGCGACUGAAUCCCCUGGACGGGACAACUACAGUGAUUUGGAGACUGGGAAAUUGGUGCCCGGAGACCGGUUUAGAUCUGAGAGACAUUUUCACGCCCACGGCGAUGGCGGGCGAAUUCUCCCUCGAAGAUCCCCAGGUGCAAGUGAAUGGUGUGCGCUUCAUCAUCGACUUGAAGAGUAUGCACUACUCUCACGUGAGAUAUCUGCCGUAUUCAGCGAUAAGGGCCCUGGUGAUGGCUCUGCAAGAUGGAUACCCGGUGAGAUUCAAGGGAAUCCACGUUCUGCACAACACAACUCUUUGGGCCGUGAUGUACAACUUCGCGCGGCCACUCCUCAAAGACAAGCAGAAACGGCGAUUCCAUCUGCAUGGGAACGAUCUGGCUUCUCUUCACAAAUUCAUACCCAGAGAAAUUCUCCCCGAAGAAUACGGCGGCUUAUCUGGCAAUUUCUCUCAUGAAUGGCUCGUCGAUAAUCUUUACAAGAAUCACGAUAAGAUUCUACAGAACAGUUACUAUGGAUAUAUCUAA